UCUCAUUCGCUCUCUCACACGCCAGCGCACAUCCAGCGCCAAACUCGGUGCGUUCUGACAUCUGAGUUCACUGUCAAUCUCUGUCUCCUUCGCAGGGAUAUCCCCUCCGUCUCCGCCGAAGACCACUGGAAACUAAUUUUUCCUCUUCAAAAGUUCCGGGGGAGAGCGAGACACUCAAAUCCUGGUCGGCUUUUUGGCUUUUUGCUCUUUUUCUCCCCCCCACCCCCCACCUCCUAUUAUUUUGGUGUGGAGAGCGGGGCUCUACAGCCUAUAGUUUAUAAAGGACGGAGGAUGCCCCAAAAAGAAUACCACAACCAAGCCACGUGGGAGUCUGGCGUAGCCUCAAUGAUGCAGAACAGUCACAGUGGCGUAAACCAGCUUGGUGGUGUGUUUGUUAAUGGCAGACCGCUGCCGGAUUCCACCAGGCAGAAAAUAGUUGAACUUGCUCAUAGUGGCGCUCGACCCUGUGACAUCUCCAGGAUACUGCAGGUGUCCAACGGCUGCGUGAGCAAGAUCCUGGGCAGAUAUUAUGAAACUGGCUCCAUAAGACCGAGAGCGAUAGGCGGCAGCAAGCCCCGUGUCGCCACUCCGGAGGUGGUCGCCAAAAUCGCGCAGUACAAGCGGGAGUGUCCGUCGAUCUUUGCCUGGGAGAUCCGCGACCGGCUGCUGUCGGAGGGGAUCUGCACCAACGACAACAUACCCAGCGUGUCAUCAAUAAACAGAGUCCUCCGCAACCUGGCGAGUGAAAAGCAACAGAUGGGCGCAGAUGGCAUGUAUGACAAGCUGAGAAUGCUCAACGGUCAGACAGGAACUUGGGGGACCCGGCCAGGCUGGUACCCCGGAACAUCAGUGCCAGGGCAGCCCAACCAAGAUGGCUGCCAGCAGCAGGACGGCGCAGGAGAAAACACGAACUCCAUCAGCUCGAACGGCGAAGACUCGGAGGAGACGCAGAUGCGUCUGCAGCUCAAGAGAAAACUGCAGAGGAACCGCACGUCUUUUACGCAGGAGCAAAUCGAGGCGCUGGAAAAAGAAUUUGAGAGAACGCAUUAUCCAGAUGUUUUCGCACGGGAAAGACUAGCGGCGAAAAUCGACCUGCCCGAAGCAAGAAUACAAGUAUGGGGGUCAAUGCUUGGCAGGCCUGAUUCUGCACUAGCAAACACCUACAGUGCGCUGCCCCCCAUGCCCAGCUUCACCAUGGCCAACAAUCUACCUAUGCAACCCAGCCAGACCUCCUCUUACUCCUGCAUGCUGCCUACCAGUCCGCCUGUGAACGGGCGGAGCUACGAAACAUACACGCCCCCUCAUAUGCAGGCACAUAUGAACAGCCAAUCAAUGACCACUUCUGGUACCACCUCAACAGGACUCAUCUCUCCUGGAGUGUCUGUCCCUGUCCAAGUCCCAGGGAGCGAGCCUGACAUGUCUCAGUACUGGUCAAGACUACAGUAGAGAGAAGAGCUACUUCACCCUGUAAGCACCCACUCCACCAUCGCCCUCCGGCAGUGCUCCUCACAAAUACAUGGCACAGGAGAGAAAGGGGGAAGAAGAAGAAAAAAAGGCGCGAGAGGGUUGAGGAAGAGGCAACAGACAGGAGAGGAAAGAACGAGAGGGACUCUGGGAGAGCCUUGGGACGUCUGGGCUUUGUUUCCCCCCCGCUGGGACAGUGUGCUGUUGUGUAGCUCUAGGCACAUUCAAACGAGGACUUGGAAGAGAGAGAGACCAACAGUGGAGAGAGACAGAAAAAAAAAUAUGGACCUCUGUAAAGUGCCCGGUGUUAAAUUUUUAUGGAACAAAAACUUAUCCGUUCUUUUUCUAUUUCCAACUUCAGUCAUUGUUUCCCUUUUUUUCUUCUGACGUGUUUGUAAAUGGCCAUUUGUAUGUUAAUAUGAAAAAAAAAAAGAAAAACAAGAUCAAGUACUGAUAGACGGACUGCUAGAAAACCAUGUUGUUUUUUUUUUUUUUUUUUUUUUUUGCUAAAGGAGAAGCUGAGAGAAUCUGCCAUGACUAUCUUUUAAUCUGCUUAUAUCGAGACUUUCUACCAGCCUUUUGCAUGGUCUCUGGACGCAUAUCAUUAAAGACGAAAAAAGCUGGAGGGAAGACUCUUACUGUGACAGAAAGGAAAAAAAAAGAAGAGAAAACUAUUUAUUGGUCCUAUUUUGUUGCGAACGGAUAUUCGGUGGAGGAAAACUCCAAGUCGAUCCACCCACUGAGGCCGCGGCGGUCUCGGCCUCUGAUACAAGGCCUUGCAUUUAUUAGAUUGGGAAUCCUAUCAACAGCUCCAAGCGUGCAAAGACGGCACAGCUUGCAACACAAGUUGGACCUCCUGCUUCUGUGGUUGGAUUGAUUCUUUAGAUUACCACCGAGAACAUUACGCGUGGAAAACAGGUGCAGCAAGACCCCCCCCUCACCACCACCCGUCCCCCUCCACGCCUCCCUUCCCCCCCCAAACACCUGUAUUCUGUAAAUGGUUGACUGCGUCUUCGAUAUAAUCCAGUUUGUUAAUGUCCAAAUGUAAAGUACUUGUCUUCCCUUUUUUUUUUUUCGGAAAUCUUCCAGAAAGAUUUCUCCAAUAAAAGUCAAUUUCAGUUUUACAUUCCCAAGAAUAUUCUAUAAAUGUUCCAUUGCAUCAUGAAAUACACUUCUUUAGGGUCAGGUACAAUUUGUCUCUUAGGUAUAGUUGUAAUAUAGUGUCCUAUGGUCAUAAAAAAAAAAAGAAAAAGAAAAUGUGCAACUAGAAAUAUUUAAUUCCUAUAAUUAUGAUUAAACAUUGCUUGACAGAGUUUUAAACUUAAGUGUUUGGCAGUUGUUUACAAGUACAUAUCAGAUCUAAUCAUUGUUGAUUGUAAAACAGACCAAAGCCUUUGUAUUUCAUCUAGAACACAAUGUUUCUUUCAUUCUGUUUUUUUUUUUAAAGAUAUUAGUUUUGUGUUGCAAAAUUUUGUAAGCACAUUUUGUUCAACUACAUUGGCUUCGAAGACUGCAGUCGAACAGUCCUUAUUUAUAAUUAAAGACCAUGGGAUGGGUUUUAUUUUU